AAAGACGCAGUAGUCGAAGCGCAGUUUCAGCGAAAACAUUGAAGAGAACACAUCUGUUUAGUGAAAAACGCUCCUUUCCGAUAAUUAAAUAUUUUGAUAAGAGUGAACAAACAGCAAAGGCUAGUGCAAAAAUGAAAUUUCAAUACAAGGAAGAACACCCAUUCGAGAAGCGAAAGGCCGAGGGAGAUAAAAUCCGACGCAAAUAUCCGGAGCGAGUACCCGUUAUUGUCGAGAAAGCUCCCAAGGCUCGCAUUGGUGAUUUGGAUAAGAAGAAGUAUCUAGUCCCGUCCGACCUAACCGUCGGCCAGUUCUAUUUCCUAAUCCGUAAGAGAAUACACCUGAGGCCAGAGGAUGCCCUGUUCUUCUUCGUCAACAAUGUAAUUCCACCAACAUCGGCUACGAUGGGUUCGCUCUACUCGGAACACCACGAGGAGGAUUACUUCCUCUACAUUGCUUAUUCCGAUGAGAAUGUGUAUGGAAACAAGUAAAUGACGAGAGUGAUAUGGUUAGAAAAGGACUGCUAUAAAUGUAUUUUCUAUAUAUGAUAUUUCCUGUUCGUUUUGUGAAAACUGUUUGCCGCACGCUUUUGGGUAGAUAUUUUCAGUUCAAAUAUAGUUCAGUUAACUAUCUGCGACACCAACAUCCGUUAACGUUUUCCCGCGUUACGAUGCAUUUGAAAUAAACCCAAUCUCUGCCUGGUGUAUGAGGAAACUGAUAAAAAUAGACACCUGUCAAUUUCAUUGAGUUAUCAAUUAUUCUCUUUAAAUAUUUUAUCUGGAAAAUUCGAAAGUAUAAAAACAAUUCAACAAAUCUUACAUUCUGUCUAAUAAACAGUUUAUUUUUCAGAAGGCUUCAAAUAAUUCUUUUAUUUCCCAGGCAAAAUAGAUCCAUUUACUAGAGUUGAUAUGGUCACUUUAAAGGGGAACUCCAAGAUAAUCUACAAAUCAGUGUUUGAAAUAUAUGUGUAACAAGAUUAAGUUUCGUUAAUAGCUUUUUUCUAUCAUAUUGAGUCUUCAAAAAUGUUUCCUUCUAUACAUCGCUAUGUAUGGUUUUCAAAAUUAAACAGCUGAAGCAGUUAAGGCAAAUACAUAUUGGGAGAAGUGUAAACAUAAACCUAUAUAAAUACUGAAACUAUUCAUACUGUUCAAAAUAUAAAAAAAAACAUAUAAAUGCAACAAAAUGUGUGGAAACACAUACCAAAAACACAUUUUUAAAUUUAAUUUCUCGUUUUAGAUUUAUUAGUAACCACAAUCUGUAUUGUAUUCGCUUAAUUUACACAGAUACAUGAAAUAAACUUUAAGUAUAAGUAGGUA